AUGGUUUCUAAAUUUCACACAUCAAUUCCACAUAGGACUAAACAUCGAAUAAUAUAUCUGCUGUUAUUGCAUUUUCUAGUGGAAUUUGCACAGGGAAAUGGACCAGGUGAUGAUAGAGUUAAUUUUGAAACAACAGAAGGGCUACCCCCUGGGACUACUUUAGGUGUUAUUCCAACUCGGUCCGGUUAUACAUAUCAGUUAGAUAGACCUAAUAAAUAUUUUGUGUUAAAUAGCUCUUCAGGUGUAUUAGUAAAUAAACUUGUUUUAGAUCGAGACACAUCACAAUUUUCUCAGGAUGUAAUUAAUUUAUUCGCUCUCGGCUCAAAAUCACAAAAUCCCCCACACCCUGUGGAAAUUUUAAUCAAAAUUUUAGACAUUAAUGACAAUCGUCCAGUUUUCCAAGAACAAGCAAUGAAUAUUUCAUUUGGGGAAAAUGCCAAAGGUGCACAACAUAUCAUAGUGACAGCUACUGACAUUGAUUUAAGUGAAAACGGCACAGUGUCACAAUAUGACAUCAUAUCCGGAAAUCACGAAGGAAAAUUCCAAUUAAUUGUUCCAAGUUCGAGUUCUCCCUUUAUGUAUAUAGAAGUGAUUGGUGAUUUAGAUCGAGAAUUAAAAGAUCAAUAUAUUUUGAAUAUAUCUGCAAGAGAUAAUGGCAUUCCACCACUUUAUGGAUUUUUAUCUGUGAAUAUUUCCGUCUCGGAUGUGAAUGACAAUCCACCAAUUUUUAAUCCAAGUGAAUACAAAAAGAAGAUCUUGGAGGAUGCAAAAAUCGGACAAUCUGUGAUACGAGUUAUAGCAUCAGAUGCUGAUUCUGGGCUCAAUAAAGAAAUUGUUUACAGUUUACUGGAUGAAACAGGACAAUUUAUGAUCGAGGAAAAAACGGGAAUUGUUCGGACACUAACAAAACCAUUAAAAUGUAGUCGUGUUUGUGGAAGAUCUCUUUCUUGUAGUCCAUAUAGCUGUCUCUUAACUGUAAUUGCUGAAGAUCGAGGCACACCAGCUCUCUCUGAUCAAGCCUAUAUCAGUGUUAGUAUAGUGGACACAAAUGAUCAUAGCCCAGUUAUUAUCUUCGAUCACGUUCCAGACAAUUCUAAAGAUUAUUCUUCCGUAGAUGAAAACACAGAACCUGGAAAACGUGUGGCUUCCAUCAGUGUUCAGGAUGCAGACACAGGCAUCAACAGUGAAACUUCUAUUCAAAUCACUCGUGGAAAUGAACUUGGACAUUUCAAACUUUUCAGUUUUUUCACUUUGAACAUUAUUCGAGUUGCUGGACAUUUGGAUAGAGAAAAACUAAAUUUUUAUAAUUUGACAGUUGUGGCCACUGAUAAAGGAAUUCCUCCAAGAAGUUCUACAGCUUUUCUUAUCAUCAAAAUUAAUGAUGCCAAUGAUCAUGCUCCAGUUUUUGAAAGAUCAGAAUAUUCUGUGGAGUUGCAAGAAACAUCUCUUCCAGAAAGUUUUGUUGCUAGUGUCAAGGCUACUGAUCUGGAUUCUGGAUUGAACUCUGAUCUUGUAUACACCAUUGAGGAUGGAAAUUCUAAUGGUUGGUUUAAAAUUGACAGUGGAACUGGUUUGAUGACAAUCCAAUCUCCUUUGGAUCAUGAAAUCAUGUCAUCAGUCAAGAUGAAUGUUUCUGCAAGAGAUGGUGGUUCUCAACCUUUUGUCAGUUUUACCCAAGUCUCUGUUGUGAUCCUGGAUGAAAAUGAUGAAAUUCCCACUUUUAACCAAUCUGUCUAUCCAAUCAACAUGGAGGAGAACUUGGCAAGUGGUAUUGAAGUUGUGACAAUCAAAGCUGAAGAUAGAGAUAGAGGCAUUAAUGGAACUAUCAAGUACUCAUUCCAUCCAGAUGUUCAUGGACAGUACCCAAAUACUUUUACAUUAGAUCAAAAUUCAGGAAAAAUUACCACUUUAAAAUCAUUUGAUCGUGAAUCUGUGUCAGCCUACACUUUGAAAUUGAUUGCAAGAGAUCAAGGCAUUCCGUCAUUGUCAUCAACAACCACUAUCAACAUCAGAGUACUGGAUGUGAACGACAAUACACCCAAAUUUUACCCAGAUAUAAUCUAUGGAAACAUCCAAGAGAAUCGCCAAUCAGGCACAGAGGUUGUCAGGGUAGCUGCAGUUGAUCCUGAUGAAGGUGAAAAUGGUAGAAUCACUUAUUCCAUAGUUGGCAAUGAUUUUAAUAGCUUCCAAAUUGACAGUGGUACUGGAUGGAUCAGGACUACCAGACAACUAAAUCGUAAUGCUGGUAAAAAGUAUGACUUGGUGAUCCGAGCUGUUGAUGGGAAAGGAAGAUCAGCAACAAAUGAUGCUUCCGUCAAAAUUUCUGUCACUGCUGUGGAUGAGGUUGCUCCUGUUUUUAGAAAAAGGUCUUAUGCUUUUGAAAUUGAUGAAGAUGGAGAUGAUGCUAGAAAUCAAAUUGGUCGUAGAGUAGGUGUUGUAUCGGCUUCUUCUACCACAGGUUCACCAGCCUACUCGAUUGCUGGUGGCGAUCAAUUUGGAGUCUUUAGCAUCAAUGAUCAAACAGGGGAGAUAACCACUAAUAAAAAGAUUGACAGAGAAGAAAAGGAUGAGUAUGAUCUAAAAGUUUUAGCUAUCGGUCCAUCCAAAUUUAGACAGGUUAUUGUGACUGUCAAAGUAAAAGAUAUAAAUGACAAUUCACCAAGAUUUAGAUCAUCAGCAAUGUCAGUAGAGGUGAUUGAAGAUUGGCCUAUAGGGCAUAACAUCUUCUUAGCAGAAGCAAUUGAUGCAGAUGAUGGGGUCAAUGGUAAAGUAACCUACAGAUUACAGACCAGUUCCGAUUAUUUUGGCAUCAAGUCACCUACUGGAGUCAUCUAUCUUAAGAAAGCAGUUGUUAAUCUUCCAGUUUCCUCAUUUGAUUUGAAAAUAAUUGCUACAGAUGGUGGAUCUCCACAAAAAUCAUCCCUUUUAGAGCUUCAUAUUAAUAUUAUUGAUGUUAAUGACCACACUCCAGUUUUCCAGAAAAAUCAGUAUGAAGUUUCCAUCUAUGAAUCCAAACCAGUAAAUGAAAUUAUCUUUCAACUUCUGGCCACUGAUGAUGACAAGGGUAAAAACAGUGAAAUGUUUUUCAAAAUAAUCAGAGGCAAUGAUCACAAUCGUUUUGGAAUCUUUCCUGAUGGAACUUUGUAUGUAGCUCACCAACUGGACAGAGAAGAACAUGAUUUGUACAUGGUGACAGUGGUAGUUUGUGAUCGUGGGGAAUCACCAAGAAGUUCGACCUCAAACAUCACCAUCAAUAUUUUAGAUGAUAACGACAAUACCCCAGUCUUCAUGAAUUCAACCUUCCACUUUUAUGUGUCUGAAAAUCAGCCUUCUCUAUCCUACAUUGGUCAAGUCAUGGCCAAAGAUGCCGAUUCUGGACCAAAUGCUGAGUUAACCUUCUGGGGUGAUGGUCAGAAGAACUUUACGAUUGAUGCUCCUACUGGAAGAAUUUACACAGCAAGACAGUUCAAUCGUGAAUAUGUUCUUAAGACCACCAACAAUGAUUUCUUCUCUUUUUACAUCUAUGUCAAGGAUAAUGGAAGAAAACCAAAUCAAGCUCGAGCUUUGAUCAAAGUUCAUAUACAGGAUGAAAAUGACAAUCCACCUGUUUUCCCACGACAUAUUUACACUGCAUCUGUAAUGGAAGAUUCUGGCCCAAACACCAAUAUAACAAUUGUUACAGCAGUUGAUGCAGAUGAUGGACCAAAUGCUGUCAUCAAAUAUUCCAUAUCAGAGAGUGAUUCAGAUUUAAAAUUUAACAUCCGAGAAGCCACUGGUCAGAUUUAUUUAACUGGUAAAAUAAACCGAGAAGAACAGUCAAGCUAUACCUUAGUUGUUACAGCAACAGAUUCUGGAGACACAGUCCAGCAUAGUUCUUCAACAACUGUCAUUAUUUCAGUUGCAGAUAUAAAUGACAAUAAGCCUGUUUCAAAAUCAGCUGCCUUCCAGAAGAGUGUAGAUCUGUCAGAAUCUGUUCCUUUGGGUUACCACAUCACAACCUUUACUGCCAUUGAUGCUGAUAGUGGCAACAAUGCUGUUCUAUUCUUUAACAUUGUUAGUGGAAAUAAUGACAAUACUUUCAACAUUGAUGCGUAUUCUGGUCGUAUGUACCUAACAAGAACUCUGGACUAUGAACGUAAAGCUCAAUAUGAUCUUGAAAUCAGUGUAUCUGAUGCUGGUUCUCCAUCUUUGUCAACUACCCAUAACUUCAUUGUACAGGUAAUGGAUGCGAAUGACAAUAUUCCAGUUUUUCAAGACACAUCAUCAUCAGUUACAAUAUCAGAAUCUAAGAGAGUAAACAGCAGUGUAACCAUAGUCAGAGCUACAGAUAAGGAUUCUGGAGGUAAUGGUCGUGUCCAGUAUAUUAUAGCUAAACAAGAACCUGUUCCAGACCAUGCUCCAAACCAUUUUAGAAUUGACGUAUUUUCAGGAGAGAUUUUUAUUCAAAGAGAAAUUGACAGAGAACAGACUGACAAAUUCUUUUUAACUAUCAUAGCUACUGAUAUGGCAGUUCCUGUAUAUAAACGAUUAUCAGCAAUGAAGACUAUUACCAUUAUUGUGACAGACAUCAAUGAUCAUGCUCCAGUUUUUGAAUCUAUGAAUGCUAUGGUUGUUCCCGCAAGAAGCAAAAGAGGUUAUAAAAUUGGAACUGUAUUAGCACGUGAUCAGGAUGCUGGAAACAAUGGGUUGGUAGCUUAUCAAAUGGUAGCUGGUGAUACCUCCUUAUUUUCUCUUCAAUCAACUACAGGAGAAUUAACUCUUUCUCAAGACCUUCCUGCAUCAGCAAUAUAUCAUACAAUCACAGUACAGGCCCAGGAUGAUGGUGGACGAGAUGUUUUAGGACAAAAAUCUACCAGGAUGGAAAUGACGAUUAUUAUAUCAAGCUCUAAUGAUGGACCUAUUUUCACGAACAUUAAAGCUGGCAAUAUUGAGGAAAAUGAACCUCCGGGAAAAGGAGUGACUAACAUUCAAGCUUCAGCAACCCAAUCAGGAGUAAAUGUGGAGUAUUAUGUGACAAAGAUUUUGGCAAAUUCUGUGCCACAGCCUCGGUAUUUUUCUAUUGAUAAACUUAAUGGAUUAAUGAAAACAACCCAAGUUUUAGACCGGGAGUAUUUGCCAGAAAUAUUUGAAGUGGAAGUUACAGCUAUUGAAGUUGGUGGUAGUUCUCCAAAAACUAGGAGCACUAAGGUUCAAGUAAGACUAGGUGAUCAGAAUGACACUCCACCAAGGUUUUCCAGUCAGUGGUAUAUCAUCAAUGUUCCUGUCGACCAAGACCGAGAGACAAGCUUCUUUAAAGUUAACGUUGAUGAUCCUGAUACUGUUGGUGAUGUUGUUAUUGAUUAUUUUGAUAUGGACGAUGGGAAAUUUUCUUUUAUUUCUUCAUUUUCAGGUGCAUUGUUUCUCAAUGAAAGUCUACAAUACCAUAACAAAUCAGUGUUUAAAUUUAAACUUCAAGCUAAUGAUGGUAUUCAAACCAGUGAGGCAAUAGUUGAAGUUCAUGCCAUAAAUCACAAACCAGUAUUUGAGAAAUCAUAUUACUCUUUUGAGGUUCCAGAGGAUGCAAGUACUGGAACCACAAUUGCAAAUAUUGCUGCUACUGAUUUAGAUGAAGGUCCAGAAGGUCACGUAACCUAUGAGCUGCAAUCUGAUUGGGGUAAAGAUAAAUUCCGUCUUGAUGCCAACUUUGGAACAUUCACAUUGAUUGAUCGUCUGGAUUUUGAAGAGAUUCAAAUGUACGGUCUGAUGGCAAUUGCUAAAGAUGGAAGUAUACCACCACGUUCAGCAACUGUCUCUGUUUUUAUGAGUGUCAAGGACAUUAACGACAAUCCUCCUGAGUUUGACCAAUCAGAAUACAAAGAGGAAGUAGCAGAGAAUGCUGUGGUUGGAACUACUGUUAUUGAUGUCAUAGCUAAUGAUAAAGAUACAGGGCGUAAUGCUGAAGUUCAGUACAGUUUAAUAGGAGGAGAUGAAUUAGGACAAUUUGGUAUUGGACCAGUUAAUGGUACUAUUUAUACUACUGCUAAGUUGGAUCGUGAAGCCAUUAGACAGUAUACCCUAUUGGUACUUGCUAUAGAUCAAUCUACUGAUGUGACUCAAAGACUUUCUUCGACUGGCACAGUUGUAAUAACAUUGAAAGAUGUGAACGACAGUCCACCAGAAUUUGUUACCCCUUCCACCAUCUUUGUGAGAGAAGACUCUCAGAGAUAUACCACAGUCUACACUAUUGUAGCUCAUGAUAAGGAUGAAGGUGACAACAGUAAGAUAGACUAUAGUCUUUCUUCUGGAUCUAGCAUGUUUACCAUUGAAUCAAGCACUGGAAACGUAAAAGUUACUCAACCAUUGGACAGAGAAACUCGAUCCAACUACUCCAUCCAAGUCAUGGCCAGGGAUCAAGGCACUCCUCAAUUUAGCGCAACUCUAGAUCUUGUUAUCCAAAUUGAAGAUGCUAAUGACAAUGCUCCAAAAUUUGAUGACCAGAGUUACACCAAAACUGUUGCAGAGAAUAUCAGCAUUGGAACAAGUCUUCUGAAAGUUUCUGCAACAGAUCGGGAUGAAGGUCUGAAUGGAGUGGUGAGGUACCUGAUCAUAGCUGGAGAUGAAAACUAUGAUUUUAAUAUGGACUUGAGCAGUGGUGUUCUUAGAGUUCAAAAAGCUUUAGAUUUCGAAGAGGUUAAGAGUUACACAUUAACAGUUAUGGCUGUCGACAGCAGUGUUGGUCUGACCUUGAACUCUACUGUCAAGGUCACCAUAACUGUCACAGAUAUAAAUGAUUUCGAACCAAUUUUUGUAAAUUCUCCCUACUAUGCCUAUGUUCAGGAGAACAUGAACCAACUUCCUGUUCCUGUCCUCACAAUCUCGGCUCGGGAUAACGACUCUGGAUCCAACAGCAGACUUAUCUAUGACAUCAGAAGUGAAGAGGAAGAGCAGAAGAUUUUUUCAAUGAAUUCACAAACAGGGGAGAUAACUGCCAAUUUGAUGCUGGAUCGUGAAAAGAAACAAGAAUAUGAAUUGAUAAUUGUUGCUUUUGAUGGAGGUCAUCCAAGAUUGACUGGAUCUGGGUUAGUGACAGUUUAUGUUAAAGAUGUUAAUGAUCAUGCUCCAGUCUUUGAGAGUUAUGGCCCUUAUACAGGUCAUGUGACAGAGAAUAUGCCACCAGAAACCAGUGUAUUGACAGUACAGGCUACUGAUGCUGAUGAAGAAAAUAAUGCUGAGAUUAUAUACAGUCUAGAAGAUACCGCUGAUGGUAAAUUCAGUAUACUACCAAAGACUGGAGAGAUUGUGACUCUAGAAAGACUAGAUCGAGAGGUUGAGGACCAGUAUUACCUGAAGGUCAUUGCGACUGAUCAAGGUAUCCCACCACUCUCUGCAACCAGCCAAGUCAUUAUAUAUGUAGAUGAUGAUAAUGACAAUGCACCACAAUUUGAACAUCAUAAUUAUACUCAGAUGAUCCUGGAUGCUACUCAGACAGGAGAAUUUGUAUUGGGAGUAACUGCUCUAGAUAGAGAUAUUGGUAACAAUGGAAAGGUCACAUACAAACUGGAAGGUCAAGAUGCCAACAUGUUUAAUAUCAAUACUAAUACUGGAGUUGUGACUGCUGCUCAGAGACUUUCAGGGAAUUCCAUUACCUUCAUCUUCAGUGUCAGGGCUACAGAUCAGGGUGCGACAACCAAGAGCCAAGUUGUAUCAGUUUAUGUGAAGAUCCAGAGAAUUGAUGAUGCGAGAAAGCCAAUCUUUAGUCCAUUUUCUAAUAACUUGGAGCUCAAGGAAAACACAAAUCUUGGUUUCUUUGUCACAACAGUUAGAGCAACUGCUCCUAGAACUGGAAAAAUCAGCUACCACAUUGCUGGUGGAAAUAUUGGUCAUGGAUUUACUAUUAACAUGAACAAUGGUACCAUCACAGUAGCUGGAACACUGGAUUAUGAAAUUACUGACUCAAUGAACUUGUGGAUUGAAGCUAAUGAUGGGGGAAACCCUCCAGUUUCUGCCUACAAACAACUACCAAUAAGAAUUACAGAUGUUAAUGAUAACAUGCCCAGAUUUAAACAAAGCUUCUAUAGCAAGAAUAUUGAAGAAAAUACUGCUAAGUUUUCAACUUUGAUCCAAAUUGAAGCUUCUGAUGCGGACUCUGGUAAUAAUGGUCAUGUGAUGUUUGGUUUAACUGGUGGUAACAAGAACAACACCUUCCGUAUCAACUCCAAUACUGGUGUCAUAACUACUAACAAUAUUAUUGAUAGAGAAGGCAUUGAUUUGUUUCAUCUGGUUGUUGAAGCAUCUGAUAUGGGUUCUCCAGAUAAGAAAACAUCCACAGCAACAGUUAAAGUUACAGUUCAAGAUCAAAAUGAUAAUCCACCCAAGUUCACUCAUCAGUUCAGAACCUCUGUUCCCGAAGAUAUCUCUGUCAAUAGCUUCAUCAUCCAAAUUACUUCCACAGAUAAAGAUUUGGACUCUAAUGCUAUAGCUAGCUAUGAACUCUUGAGUGAGACCAACAAGUUUGCCAUUGAUCGCCUCAGUGGCAACUUAUCAACCAUUACCAAGCUUGAUGCAGAAGACAGAGAUACCUAUUCCCUUCAAGUCAGAGCAGUAGACGAAUCUUUUAGUGUCACAACCUAUGUCAGCUUACGUAUAUUGGAUGUAAAUGAUAAUGCACCCAUCAUCUAUAAAAACACAAUGAACUUUGAUUUCCAUGAGCUACAGGCACCAAAUACACCAGUUGGUAGACUAUCUGCUUCAGAUAUUGACAUCUCAAGUCCAAACAAUCAAUUUUUUUACUCGCUAAAAAGACCCUCUAGCUUGUUUGAUGUUGAUGCUGAAACUGGAACCAUCUCAGCUUUGAAGACAAUGACAUUUAUCCACAGUGAGGAAGGUCCUUCAACUGCCAAUCUAUAUCAGCUUGAUGUAGUUGUCACCGAUAUUGGUUCACCACCAAUGUCUUCUGAAGCCCAAAUCAACAUCAAUGUUGUGGAUGCCAAUAACCAUGCUCCAGUGUUUGAAGAAGAUAGCUUCACUUCUGCAGUUCCUGAAAAUUCUCUGAUCAAUGAUAUAAUCAUCAAAAUUGUUGCUGUAGAUGAAAAAGAUUUUGGAAUCAAUGCCAAAGUUGAGUAUGAUAUCAUUGGUGGAAAUGGAACCUCAUAUUUCACGAUUGACAAACUUAGUGGAGAAGUUAUAGUGUCUGCUUCUUUGAGUGGUCAAAAGAAUAGACAUUAUUCGUUGCUUGUUGAGGCAAGGGACAAGGGUCAUCCAGUCAAGAAAGCAUCAACUGAGGUACAUCUUCAGAUCACAGAUGUCAAUAAUUAUAGACCAGAAUUCAUUGGAAGCUCAUUUGAAGCAAGUAUCAUAGAGAAUCUUGCUGAUAAAAUAGUUGGGACUCUUAGAGCUACUGAUGAUGAUGAUGGUCUAAAUGGACAGGUUCAAUACUUGAUAACUGGUGGAGAUUCUGAAAAAUAUUUUACUAUUGGAAAGACUACAGGUGCCAUCACCACAGUUAAAAAACUUGAUUACGAAACCAAGAAAGUUUAUUCCCUUGAUAUCACAGCCCGGGACAUGGGACUGCAUUUUAAACAAUCAUCAAUAACAUUUACUGUAAAUGUUGAAGACGAAAAUGAUAAUUCACCAGUUUUCUCAUCGACCAUUUUGACAGGAUAUGUGCCUGAAAAUUCCCCUUCAGAUACAGAAAUCUUGCAAGUAGUGGCAGAAGAUGCUGACACAGCUCCAAAUGAUGUUAUUCAUUAUGAAAUUAUGGAUACCACACCUGAUGCAGCUAUUUUUGAUAUUGUUAAAGAUACUGGUAUGAUACUUUUGAAAGGAUCUGUGGAUUAUGAAAGUAAGAAUACCUAUGUAAUAACUGUGCAAGCAUUUAAUCCAACUGGUUCGGACAUUCCUCCCAGUUUGACAUCAGAUAUUCAAGUCUUUAUCUAUGUGACCAGUGUGAAUGAAUACAGAGUUGAAUUUGUCAAGAAACAAUAUGCAUUUAACGUCAGUGAGUCAGCACCCAUUAAUACAAUGUUAGGAAAUGUCCAAGCAACAGAUUUAGAUGAAGGAGUAGACAAAAUUGCAUACUUCUAUUUUAUGGGAUCAAGCAAUGUUAAAGGUUUUGCCAUUCAUCCAUUAACUGGAGUGAUCUUUAUCAAUGGGAGACCAGAUUAUGAAUCCAAUCCACAAAUUGAAUUGGUUGUUUUGGUUAAAAACCGAGGAAGUGUAAGAGGUAAUGAUACAGAUGAAUGCAAAGUGCUGGUUGGUAUUGAAGAUGCCAAUGAUCCUCCAGUUUUUGACCAGAAAUUCUACACAGCUUUUGUACCAGAGAAUUCACAAGCUGAUGUCAAUAUUUUGAAGGUCAGUGCCACUGACUAUGACAUCCAGGCUGAAAAUCGUCAAUUUACUUAUGCAAUACUGAGUGGUAAUAUUGGUGGGUGGUUCUGGAUGGACCGUGUGUCAGGAAUGAUUAAAACUACUGGUCAAGGUGUGUUAGACAGAGAGACAACUCCAGUUUAUAAUAUCACAGUUGGUGCUAUCGAUUCAGGAAAACCUCCACAAACGGGUUCUGCUACAGUAAAGAUAGAACUUCAGGAUGUAAAUGACAAUAAACCUAUCUUCAGUCCUCAUAAACUGAUCAUCAAUUUCACUGAGACCAAUGUCCUUGGUUCUAAGGUAGUUGACCUCUCAGUACACACUACAGAUCCUGACAUCAAUCCAAACCAAGGUCCUUUCCAAUAUCAGGAAGUAACCAAUCCUUUUAGCAGUAUGUUUGAUAUCCUCCCCACUGGUAUUGUGACAAUAAUGUCAGCCAUUGAUAGAGAAACAUUGGAUCAUUACACCAUCCCUGUUAAAGUUACUGACAAUGGAAAUCCAAAAAUGACAUCCACACUGACCUUCACUGUCACUGUAUUGGAUGCUAAUGACAGCCCACCUCUUGAAAGACCUUUAAAAGUUCUUUUAAAUGUUUUGGACAGUUCUCCCUCUGGUGGUAAAAUUGCAGAUAUCCGACCACUUGACAAUGACCUUAUUGGAUCAUACUCAUGUCAGAUUGAGAGUGGAAGCAUCAAUGACUUCAGUAUCCCUCAAAAGUGUGAUUUGGUAGCCUCCAACAAUUUGGACACAAAAUCUCAUCGCUUGUCAGUUUCUGGUUCAGAUGGGUUUAAUGGUGAUGUCAAUUAUGAAGUCACAGUAGAGGUUGAAAAGUUUUCAAGAUCAACUUUAGAGGAUGCAGUUGCUUUGCGAUUAUCAUCCAUUUCUAUUGAAGAUUUUUUGUCAAACUCAUACUCACGAUUUACUAACGGUUUGAAAAGUCUUCUAGGUAACCAAAAAACCAUCAUUCUGUUCAGCUUGCAAAAAUUAGAAUCAGACAUUUUGGUAUUCCUUGCUGUCAAGGACAUUGCUGGUGACCAUCUCUCCAGAAGUGAUCUAAUUUCAUUUCUUCAAAACAAUAUCAACAAUCUUGAACUAGCAACUGGUUUUGUGAUCAAAGAAACAGCCUAUAGUACCUGCCAUGAUGACAUGUGUAAAAAUGGUGGCUCCUGUGUAUAUGACAUUUUGUUGGGCAAAGAUUAUGAUAUCCAUAAUUCAGACAACCUUAUCCUGACAUCCGCUGUACCUUCAUUCAAAAUUAAAUGCAAGUGCCCUGCUUCAUUCAGUGGCCCAACUUGUGAGAUUCCUGUUGGUCACUGUGGCGACACCUAUUGCUACAAUGGUGGAACCUGUGAUACUAGUGGUAGUCAGGAAGUUUGUAGAUGUACAGAAGGAUGGAAUGGGCCAAGUUGCCAGACUGACAAGAAUGAGUGUAAUGACUUCCCUUGUAAGAAUGGUGCCACAUGUAUUAAUCUGGAUGGAUCGUUUAAAUGCAAGUGUGUGUCUGGUUUCCAUGGUCAAUACUGUGAAUCAAGUUAUUAUUGUGCCAGUAUACCCUGUCAAAAUGGUGGUACAUGCAAUGAUCUAGACAAUGGAUUCAGCUGUGAUUGUGUUUUUGGAUAUUUUGGAACCAGAUGUGAGAAAUCUAGUGUCGGAUUCGAAGAAGGAUCAUAUUUGGAGUACCAAGCCAUCCAAGACUACUCCUCGGUAGACAUGCAUGUUUAUUUUGCCACAGUGAAAGAAAAUGCAUUGAUCCUGUUCAAUCCAGUAACAGUUGAUGGAACAGAUGUGGGAUAUUUAGCAAUGGAAGUAGUGGAUGGAUUUAUGCGAUUUUCCAUCAAGCUAGGAUCAGAAAAUCCAACACGUCUGCAAGUCAAUACCAAAGUUACUAGUGGUAAAUGGUUCAGAGUGGAUGUUCAGACCAGUCCAGAUGUAACCAUAUUGAAAGUUGUAUUGUGUGAUGAAGGUUCUACUACCUGUAAUCAAUGUAUAGGACAGAAUCCCUCUUGUUACGAUUCUAAACCUUUGAAUUUUGGAAAGAACUUUGUGAAUGGAAUACAACUGAGUAUUGGUGGAAUCAGAAAUAUUGAGAAUAUUUUAAGUUAUAGUGGAGAAAUCAGAUCUCAUGAUUUUAUUGGUUGUAUGCAUAGUUUUACUGUGAACGGACUGAAUGUUCUUGAUACUGAACUAGCAGCAAACUUUAAAAGUGUGACCUCUACUUGUCCAAGACGCUCAUACAAGGGACUGUGUACAGUGAAAGAGUGUCAUAAUAGUGGUAUAUGUGUUGAUGAUUGGUCAGUAGCUAGAUGUAGAUGUUCAGAUAAACAUAUGGGUGAUUCAUGUGAACAAGCUUGGCAACCAUCAGGUUUUGCUCCCAAUGCCAAGGUCACCUUCAAACUCCGUGAGAGUUACUUGAGAGAUCAACAACUCAAAACCCCAUCAAACCGCAAGAAAAGAGCAGUGGAUAGUUCAGAAGUUUAUAUCCGAUUUAGAACUCUGGAGGAAACUGGUGCCUUGUUUUAUUCUUCUACAGUGGAUACCAACUGUGUACUUUGGCUUGAAGAUGGAAAGAUCAGAUUUGUACUGACCCCACCAAAAGCAGUCAAUGAUCCCCUAAAUAUGGAGUUCCCAAUCGCUGACGGUGACUGGCAUAAUAUCACUAUUACCUCCCUUGGAAGUGUUUUUGCAAUCACUGUGGAUGGUCAACGAUCACAACCUAAAGAUUUUGGAGCUGGUUACAUCUUUUCAUCUCUGGAUGUCAAAGAAAUGGUGCUGAGUGGACAGAGAAUUGUUCCUCCUUCUGGACAGAGCAUCAUGGGUUUCGAUGGAUGUAUCUCAGAAUUCAGAAUUGAUAACAAGAAACUUCCAUUUGAUGGUAAAACUGAGAAAUAUUCCAUUACAGUCAAUGGUAGUGUGGAAUCGGGGUGUAAAGCGUUAUGCCUAAAUAAUCCAUGUGGUGAUGGAAAUACUUGCAUAGUCUCUGGAGAAGCUUUUGUCUGUAAACAAAUUGCCAAACCUUCUGGAGGUUUAGAUAUUGGAAUUGUAGUUGUAAUUGUGUUCUUUAUUAUCCUUAUCAUUGUGAUUUUGAUAGUGUUCAUCUUGUUCAGACGAAAACGAAGCUUGUUCCCUUGUAAAGGUGGUGAUAAAAAGGUGACAAAAUCAAACGGUGUGAUGGCUCGUGAUAAUGCUGAUUCAACACUUCGUGGAAUGCCCAUAUAUGGAACUAGAAAUGAGGACUUAUUACAAAAUCAAUUAACGGAAGAUGUAACAUAUCAAAAGAACUCUGCUCUAUCUUCAAGGCCAGAUUUGAUUGGUUCAAAUUUUGUGGGUCGACCAGGAUCCAGACCACAAAUGUUUGAGGAUGGAACAGUGAUAAUUGAAAAUGGUGAAUUAGAACACAUCAAUGUUCAAGAUGAUGAAAUGCCAGAACAUUAUGAUUUGGAAAAUGCAAGUAGCAUUGCUCCGUCAGAUAUAGAUGUCAUCCAGCAUUAUAAACAAUAUCGUAAUGGUGAUACUCGUUACAAACCUAAUUUCAAUAAAACACAUCAUAGAUCUCGUGAGAGUCCGCUGAAUCUCAGAUCUCCAUCGGCUAUGUCUAGAGACAGUCCAAAUGUACAUAAAUUUCAUAACAAUGCUCAUACUCGUCAGAGCCCUGUAUCACUCUCUGGAUCAGCUCUAUCCAUGCCAUCAAGACCAAAUCCACAUUUAAACACCAAUGGCAUCAAUCGUCCAGCAUCUGCUCAAGCAGUUUAUAUGCAUGGAACUCAUCAUAGAAAUAGUCCAAUUACACAGUUAAAUAUUCGUCAAAAUCCAGCAAGCCAACACAAUAGUAGUCGUAGUUCAUUAGGGAGUCAUCAUAGUCACAGUACAAACUCUUCAGUGCCAAGAAACAAUUUAAGUAAACCUAUGCGUAAUGGGAAACCAAAGCAUGUGAAAGGAUUAACUGUGGAAGAAAUCAAUAGACUGAAUGCUAGGCCUGGACCACCAAGUCCAGCUAGCAUGUUAGAAGCAGUGUCUUCCUCAAGUGAUGAAUUAAAACGUAAGCGUAAAAUGAAACCUGUGGAACAUAUUGAUGGUACUAUUCUUCUCGAGCCUCCAGAUUCCAGCUCAAGUGAUAGUGGUGCUAAUGACUCUUUCACGUGUUCUGAAUUUGAAUUCGAAAAUGAUCAUCGAAAAAAUGACUUUGAUCCAGACACUAUGAUUUUUUCCAAAUUGACAGAAGUGGAGAAUGAAAAUGAUGACAUUCCAGUACCAAUCCGUAGUAAUUCGGAUGGUAUGCACUCUAACUGUGAUUCUUUUACUAGUACAAUUAUGUCAUCAGAAGAACACUUUUUACCACAAAAAGGUCCACAUGGAGCCUUUAAUAUGGACUCUUUAUUAAAUUGGGGGCCUAAUUUUGAUAAGUUGGUGGGAGUUUUUAAGGACAUUGCACUAUUGCCAGAUAGUGAAACUCAGCCAUUAGAAGGGGGAAUAACAACGGACCAUGAAGAAUAUGUGUGA